CAGAUCCAAAAGUUGGGUACCAAGAGAGAAAAGAGAAGAUGGAUGAAAUGGUUGCAGCUCCAAUGAAUGAAGGAUCUGGCCUCUACAGCUACACCAGAAACUCAGCCAUUCAGAGAAAAGCCAUAGAGGCUGCAGAAGAACUAAUCAACAAGGCAAUUGCUGAGAAACUUGAAAUCAAUAACUUUUCUUCUUUAAAAACCUUUCAAUUGGCUGAUUUGGGGUGCUCAGUUGGACCUAACACAUUCUUGGCUGUCCAAAAUGUAAUUGAUGCUGUGGAGCUCAAGUAUCAAAGCCAAAGACGUCUCGAUUCUCAGCAAUUUCUUGAGUUCCAAGUCUUCUUAAAUGAUCAUAUCUCCAAUGAUUUCAACCAGCUUUUCACAUCUCUUCCUCCAGAAAGGAGAUACUUUGCCAUGGGCGUGCCAGGCUCUUUCCAUGGUCGCUUGUUUCCGAAGGCAUCUAUACACUUUUUCCACUCUUCUUAUGCUGUCCACUGGCUUUCUAGAGUGCCAAAAGACGUGGAGGACUAGACCUCUCCUGCUUGGAAUAGA